AAAGAGCUUGUAAAAAAUAGUCUAGCUAGCAACAAGUAUAAUAACAGUAAAACCAAAAAACAGAAAAGUGUAAUUGGCAGUAAAAAGUUGGCUAUUUGGUGUCAAAACUCGGGCAAAACAUUAUUUGGUCUAUUACAAGCAACAACAUAUAAUCACAGAGAGUUAGAUAGUUCGGCAAAAUACUAUAAUAUAGCAACAACAAA